AUGAGAGCACACGCCGAGGAGGGUCGUGACGAUAGGCUGUGAGCCUGUCCCGCCUACCGGCAGUUUACGCGGGAGGCAAUUGGCUGGCGCCUCCGUCCAAUCAGCGGCGGGCUGUCGGAUUCAAACCGGGAUCGUUGGGCCUGUGGUCGGUUGGUCGCAGUCGAGCCGUUGCUCUGGCCAGGCCCGGACGUGUGGCCCGCCGCGCCCGCUCCUUGCGCCCCGUCGCUCCCGCCCGCCCGCAGGAUGGCCCACAAGCAGAUCUACUACUCGGACAAGUACUUCGACGAGCACUACGAGUACCGGCAUGUCAUGUUACCCAGAGAACUUUCCAAACAAGUCCCGAAAACCCAUCUGAUGUCUGAAGAGGAGUGGAGGAGACUUGGUGUCCAACAGAGUCUAGGCUGGGUUCAUUACAUGAUUCAUGAGCCAGAACCACAUAUUCUUCUCUUUAGACGACCUCUUCCAAAAGAGCAAGCUGCCGUCGCUACGCCGGGCCACGACCUUCAGCGCGCGCACUUCCGGCCGGAAGGAGGGGGACGCGCGGCGGGCCCGGGCGCGUUUCUGUGA